GGUACCGGAGCAGUCCCGGUGCUGAGGGCACCGGCCCGGCCCCGCCAUGCCCCGCUCCUUCCUGGUGAAGAAGCUGAAGGCGGAGGCGUUCCCGGCCGCCGGGGCCCCCGCGCCCCCCUACACUCCCCUGGAACCCCCCUACGCGCUGCCCGGCCCCGCCGCCGGCGAUGGGUACCUCCAGCACUGCCUGGCACCCGCCGGCUACGACACCGACAAGAAGCAGGGUCUGCCGCCGCCGCCACCGGACCCAGCCUACGCUCCUGGCCACGAGGAGUACAGCGAUCCCGAGAGCCCCCAGUCCAGCUUUUCCGCCCGCUACUUCAACGGGGAAGCGGCAGUGACGGACAGCUACUCCAUGGACGCCUUCUUCAUCACGGACGGGCGGUCGCGCCGGCGCAGCGAGAGCCACCGCCGCGGCAGCCACCGCCACUCCUGCCCCGAGUGCGGCAAGACCUACGCCACCUCCUCCAACCUCAGCCGGCACAAGCAGACCCACCGCAGCCUGGACAGCAAGAUGGCAAGGAAAUGCCCGACCUGCGGCAAGGCGUACGUCUCCAUGCCUGCCCUGGCCAUGCACGUCCUCACCCACAACCUCAAGCACAAGUGCGACGUGUGCGGCAAGGCCUUCAGCCGGCCCUGGCUGCUGCAGGGCCACAUGAGGUCCCACACUGGGGAGAAGCCCUUCGGCUGCUCCCACUGCGGAAAAGCCUUCGCCGACCGCUCCAACCUGCGCGCCCACAUGCAGACCCACUCCGCCUUCAAGCACUACAAGUGCAAGCAGUGCGAGAAGACCUUCGCCCUCAAGUCGUACCUCAACAAGCACUACGAGUCUGCCUGCUUCAAGGGCUCCGAACACAGCUGUGCAAUAGGGAACUAGCCCCCCCAGCGCCCUGCCGCACAUCCCUGUUCCUCGCCCCCUCCCCAUCCCCAUCCCAGUCCCCAUCCCAGUCCCCACACCAGCUCUCCUGCAGCUGCAGCUGGCCAGUUUGUGGCUGUGCCGUGGCUGGAGGACACAUCCCUGCAGACUUCCUCCCCACCUGGAAGGAAGGAGCCCCAGCACUCCCUGGGAAGGGCCAGAUCCAGUCAGGUCCACAGCAGGACCCUGCUCCUUGCCCAGGUCCCCGAGCCCCCUGCAGCCAGGCAGGUCUCUCUGCAGGGGACUCACCCAGGGUUACCUCUUCCAGACCCAGGAGAGACAUUCCUUCCCCAGCUCGUGACUCCCACCUCUAUUUAUUUAAUUUAUUGCUAUUAUUUAUUUAGAGCUGCUGCUUCUCCUCUUGGGGGAUCCUGAGGGAGAAAAGACAUUUUCCUGCUCCCCCCAGGAGCUAAACCUCACCUUGACCCCUAACACUGAUGGGACCAUGGGCUGGAGCUACUGAUGGCUUGGUGGGACUGAUGGACAGUGCAGCUAAAAGGAGGGCAGGGCUGUCAGCCACCCUUGGACGGUCCCUGCAGCCCACCUUCCUGGGGCCCCCUGAUGCUCCCCUGCCUGGCACAGUCCCAUGGGACAUACCCCAUGGCAUAGUGCUCACUCUGGCCCUGUGGCUUCACAGUCCCAGGGUCAGGGGAAGAGCAAGAGACCUGUGGGACCCCCUGGCAGAGACCUGUGGGACACGUCCCCCUCUGCUGGGUCCCAGCUUGGCCAGGUAUGACUGGCCUCUGCCAUGGUGAUGGCCUGGGGAAAAACACCCCCAGGCAGGUGCAGCCAUCCUCGCUGUGCAAACGGCCAUGCUGGAGACCCAGACCUGGGGCAGCACCGAAACCCCAGCUUCCCUCCACACACCCCCAGCCUCUGCCUGGACCUCUCCCCAGCGGCCCCCCCCCCACCAUCAGCCCCCAGCUGUGUCGAGGAGGAGGGGAUCAGUGUACCCGUCAAGUUUGGGUGAGUCUAUUUAAAUGUUCUUAUUUAUAUUAUUUAUAACUUAUGCUUUUCACUAUUUAUUUGCCAAGACUGGCAGGGCCAUGCCACCAUGCCAGGACACAGCCACGGUGACACAGACGGGGACAGGACCCCGAGAGCAAACCGUGCGGCGGGCACGAAGGCAGGAGGGCAUGAGCCAGCCCAGCAGCCCUGCCAACCUCUGCAAGGCAAAGCCCUUCUCCUUCCUCUUCCUCGCUGCCACAGGCUCCACCUCUGCUCCCUGCCCCGUGCCAGCCCGGCGGGGACAAACCAGCCAUUCUAUGCAACCUCCCGGCGGAGCAUCCCCGCACCGGCCCCGGAGCGAGCACCGCAUGUGCAGCCACCCGGAGCGGGGCCCGACCCGCGCCUCCGCUUCCUACCUCGGGCCGCGAGCUGCCGCGUCACCCCGUGCCGGCCCCUGACACCUUCGGGGCUCAGCCCGGCACCCCCGGGGCUGCACUCGUGUACCCCCACACUGUCUUCCUCCCUGCACCGUCUUCCUUCCGCCGCCGCGGUGUCUGUGUUGCCACAGCCGUGGCUCACAGGCUUGGCACCUCCGGGGACGUCCCUGUCACAGCCCUCGCUGCCACGGCACAGUGGCCACGCACCCGCAUCCCGCACAGGGGGAAGAGCAUCCCCCUGGCCACGCUGGCACCCACCAGCGAAGCCGCAGCAGUUCUGGCUUUCCCAGCAAUGCCAGAGCCUUUUCGCGUCCCUCGGCCGGGCAGCGCAGCACCUCUGCCCCCGUCUGUCCUGUAAAUAGCAGAUACUACAGCAAUAAUUUUCCGUGCAUGAUAAGAUUUUUUUCUGCCAGGUUUUGUACUCGACAGCCCCCAGUAAGACAAGUCUACUGAGAACCGGCCGCCCGCAGUAUUACUUGUAACGCAAUUCAGGGAUAUAAAAGGGAUUUCUGCCACUAA